AGCCGAUGAGUGAAUUUCUCUCGGGGAGGAGGAAGGAGAGGGGGCGGCGUGUAUGAUGUUGUGUAUCUGCAUUCUGGCUGCGACUGUGCUUUCCAUUCGCACUUAAUCUGUCAAGAUUUCUCCCCUCCUUGCACAUGAGAUCGUGCAGAAGUAUACUGCCACUGCUGGGUAGAAAGAGAGCAAGAGAAAAGGGAGAGACAGAAGGAGAGAGAGAGAGAGAGAGAGAGAGGGAGAGAGCAGCUAUGUGUGCCUCAGACUGCGCAGUGAUGCCUUGAAGCUUCAGGAACCAGGCGCACAUUCGUUUCAGUAAUCUCCUCUUCUUCCUUCUUCCAGGCUCCAGACGAGGAGAUGCAGACCAUAAGGAUCUCCAGCGGUCUGUCAGGGCUGCAUGGGAAACCUAACCUGAGACUCAAGCAGGAAUAAGUGGAAUCCCUGUUAGGGAGCAGAGAAUUUAUACACAGCCCUUCAUGAGAGGUGGUCUACUGCAAAAAACCAUGAAAAAGAUAUAUAUUGGAAAAACAGCCCUUAAAACCUCUCGAAAUGGUUGUAAACAUCAGAAAAAGAGCUCUCUGCAGGAACAAAAAGAAGACCUGCGCAAACGUCUCUCCUACACCACUCAUAAGCUGGAGCUUUUAGAGCGUGAGUUUGACUCCACGAGGCAGUACCUGGAGACCGAGCUACGCAGAGCCCAGGAGGAGCUCGACAAGUUCACCGACAAAUUACGCCGAAUACAGAGCAGUUACUCAGCACUGCAGAGGAUCAACCAGGACUUAGAGGAUAAAAUCCACCGAAAUUCACAGCACCAUGAUGAUGAGAAACGGGCUCUUAGCAGAGAAAUCAUCGUCCUUAACAAUCAUCUCAUGGAAGCUAAAAUGACCAUAGAGAAACUGAGAGAGGACAAUGACUUAUACAGAAAGGACUGUAACCUGGCUGCACAGCUCUUGCAGUGCAAUAAGUCACACUACAGAGCCCAGUUAUCUGAGUUGCCUGCAGAGUUUCAGGAGCGUGUAAGCUUGCACAUGGAGGGUUCUUCCCUCUGCCAUUCCCCAUAUGCCGACACAGUGCCUGCCUCUGUCAUUGCUAAGGUCCUGGAGAAACCAGACGAGGUCUGUGGCAGUCAAGCCUCUCGCUCACCUAGCCCACAACCCAAGGAACGCCAGGGAUUCCUUGUGGGCACAAGCCUUGUGGGUAGCACUGAGCGGCUUGGCCUCCGAGCUACUUUCAAGUCAGACCUAUAUAGCAGUGACACAGCACUUUAUUGCCCUGAUGAACGGAGACGAGAGCGCAGACCCAGCAUGGACGUCCAUGGACAGCGAACAGUGUAUGAACCCCAGAACUCCACUGACAGCAACCCAGAAGAGGGAUCCAUGUCCCUGCAGCCUGGCUUCUCCCAGGACCACUUCCGAAAGUUUACAACCUCUCUGGGAGGAGGCUCUAGCUCUUACUCAAGUUUUAGUGGAGGAGGGUCAGAGGACAAGGGUCAGGAUCCUCCAAGCAGUGCUGCAUCUUCUCCGCGCCACCAAGCUCUCUACAUGGACUGGAGGGAUGGGGGUGAAUACGAGCACAAGAGCGACUCUUCCUGGGAGAGGGAGAGUCCAAGCACCUUUACGAAGGCCCACACUUUUCAACCAACUGAGUCCAGCCACCAUCAGAAUGGUAGCUCACCCAUCUACAGCAGAACAAUGUCCUCCUGUUACAGUGAACCUUAUGAGCCCCUGCCACCUUCCACCUCCCCCAGCAUCACCUAUGGUGACAGUCGCCGUGGAAGCGCUUUUAAUCCUGAGGAAGAAGAGCUGAUUGGUCGGUGGAGGCAACUGAGUGUGGAGGACCUGAGUGCCCACUCACACCGUAGUCCUGGCCGGGCAUCACCCUACAGCUUCUCUGAGCAGCACUUCUCUGUUCGGCCUGCAAAAAUUCGUCUUGGUCCUCUCUACAGUAGCUUCCAGGAAGGUACUGAUGUAUACCACCAUCAUGCUGGGGUAGUAGAUCCCUUCUCUAGCCCCAGCCCUGAUUGCAGCCCAGGCUUACGGCAGCAGCAAAGCCAACCUCACCUUUACCGCUCCAAGGAGGAUAGCCAAGAGUCUGAGCACAGCCUCUACAGCCCCAAGGACGGUGGGGUGGCAGCUGGGGGCCAGGCAACAGAGUAUGUUGACGUAAGUCCCAAUAGUUCAAAUGAGUCACUGGACCAUGGAUCUCUGGAGAUGGCUGCUGAGCUGCAGCAUUACCAACCCGAGAGGCACAGCAUGUCCCCUCAGGGAACCACUCCACCACCCCCUCCACAACAACCGUACCAAAAAUUUGGCACACUAGGACUGUCAAGAAAGGACAGUCUCACCAAGGCACAGCUCUAUGGUACUCUACUAAACUGAGAGCAGAGUUUCCUGGGUACCCUCUUUUACUGUUCUGUGGUACUCUACUAAAUUAAGAGCAGGGUUUCCUGGUUACUCUCUUUUGUCAGUGAGUUUUGAAUGUUAAGCUACAGUUUGAGCCAAACAUUUGAUGGGCUUUUCUGUUUAAUAUUUUCAGUCCAUAACCUCUCUUACCUUUUUUCUCUCUAUUUCUGUAUCUGUUAUAGUGUUUUAUAAACAUCGAACAUAAUUUGCUCAUGUUUCUACAGUUGAUAUGAAGCUAUAACACUCAGCACUAUUUGUAUAGCCUAUUUUGAAAGUUUAUUAAUGGUUCUGUGUGGUUUGUUGGAAAGUAUUUUAAGUGCAUUAGGUGCAUUCUGAAUUUUUUUGAAACUUGUCUGCAGAGAGAGAGAGAUUAACUUUGUUUUACCAAAAGCCUUCUGGGCUCAUAAGGGUUUCUGAAUGGACAACACAUGCUAUGUAAAAAGAAAAAAGAAAAAAAAAGCAAAGAAAUACUAAUUUUGAGGAAUUUGAACUUUUAUUUAAUUUAUGAAUAGCUGUAUUUAUUGUUAAGUAUGCUAUAUCUAUAAUUGUUUAAUAAAUGUAACACUAUGGAGAGAUUGACAAAUCUAUAUAAUUGUACAUUAUUUAUAUUGCUAUAAAUAAGGCAGUCAGCACAAUUACACACACUGCAAACAAUUAAAAAUGCCUCAAAUGAGUUAAGUCAUGAUAACAAUUUGAUAUUUAACUGCAACCCAUUAAAGGAUUAUUCUACAGGUUUGUGAGCGAGACCUUGUGAAAAUAUUUUUGAGAAUGAACUCUGCAUGGAUUCAUGUUACACGAAGUCAGCCCUUCAAGAUCAAGUCUCAACCAAAGCGAUACUUCUAAUCUAUUUCUAUUUCAAACAGAUUUGAUACUACUCGAGUCUAUAACAUCAUCAAACAAGUACAAUUUCUUGAAAGCACUGGACAUUUAUUUAACUCCUGAUGUGUUUUGUUGGGCAAUGGAAUUCUGAGGUGAUUGUUCUUUUCAAUGCUUUCUUUUGUUUCUCAGUGCUGUAAGCCCCUCCCUCAGGCCCUCUCUACCUCACGAUUCAAUCCCUCUCUUCUUUGUUAAUCAGCGGGGAUCCUGUGUCAGUUGACACAAUGAUGCAUGACUCUGUUUCUUCUGUUUUGCUUUCUAUAUCUAAUAAAGCACAAUAGAUGCACAA